AGGAUACAAUUGUUUUUUACAUUUUGCAAUUUGCAAUAAAUAAAUAUUUACAUUGCAAAUAAAGAAAAUUAAUUUUUCAAAUUACUACAGAUAGGGUUUUGUUCAUUUCAUUAACGUAAUUGCAAUAUUGCAUUUGUGUGUGAUUGCAUAUUGAACAUUGCGGAAGUCUUUUGUUUGUUUUGGUUGUAAAAAAAAAUAUCUAAAGAGGUAAGAGUUUUAUUAUUAUUAUGAAAAUAAAAAUUAACAAAAUAACACUUGAGUGUGAGUAAUCAUGAUAAGAUGUUUAUUAAAAUGUUGAUAUCAUUUUUAUCUGAUAAAAAAUAAUUUCAUUAGAUUAAUAGUCAUUUAAAAAUUUAGGUGAUUGUUAUACAAGUUAUUUUUUUUCUUUUCACGUGGCUCUGCAAUUUUAUUUCAUAGUAAUGUGAUGAUAUUUCUAUUAUUAUUUUUUGUUUAAAUACUUGCACAUUGAUCUUAAUUUGCAAAUUAAUUUUUUUUUGUUGUAAGAAUACUUGGAUUUUUUAUUUUAAAUACGUUGAUGUGUAAAGAAAAUAAUUGCAAAGAUGAAAUCAUAUUUUAAUUAACUGCUUAUGACUAUUAAAAAAUUGAAAAUAUUAUUUUACAAUUAAAUUUAAUAACAAUUAAUUAAAUUAAAAAAACAGAUUGAAAUGAUUGUUCAUUAUCAAUUUUUAAAAGAUAAGAUAUAUAAUUUAUUUUUUGAACGUGACCAAAUAUAAAAAACCACAAUUAUUUAUAUAUUUAUUUACCAAAUAAAACAAAGUUGACUCAAUCACAGGAAAUUCGAAAUAAAUUCUUUGUUUAAUUGUCAAUGCGAGGAAAAAUAAAUAAAGUAUCAAGCAAAUUGUUCAGUAUGAUAAAUAAAUUUAUAACAGAAACACUUGUUAAAAAAAAAACAUACGUAUUGUUUAUUUAUUGUUAAAAAAAUAUAAAUUAAUAGAAAUAAUUUUGCCUGAUUUUUAUUAAAAAAAAGAAAAGCUGUUUUACGUAUAAUUAGUUUAAAAAAAAAACACAAGUGUUUGUAAAUUUUAUUUUAAAUAAAAACAUAUAAAGUGUUAUUAUUUCAAAAAAUAUUUAUAUAUAUUUGAAAAAAAAAAACGAGUGUUUAAUUGAUAAAAAAAAUUAAAAUAUAUUUCAUUGAAAAAUAAAUGAUAAAAUUGAGAAAUGAAUUUUUUUUUUGAUGACACAUACCUCAUCAGAUAAAUGUUUCAAUAAAGUAAAACGAAAAAAGAAAAAAAAAAAAAUACAGUUCAAGUUGGUGGUUACAAGAGCAACGUUUGAUAAUAACUUAAAUGCUAAAGUUUUUGAUUAUUUUAUUAUCAAUAUCAUUUUUAUGACGAUUAUUGUUUUAUAUAUAUGUAUAAUACAAAAAAAAUAUAUAUUCCCCCAUUGCCAUAUAUAAAUCCCUGAGAUCCGAUUGGACUUUGAAGUGGUCAAAGAUUGGAUGGAGAUGGUUUCUUAACAAGAGCUUCCCCAAAAGAUCAACUCACACCAGAUAUCUCGCGAACGUCUAACUGCAAGGGUCGUUAAUACCUUUCAACAAUAAACAAUUGAUUUUGUUUUUUGUUUUUUUUUUUUGUUUCUUUUUUAUUUACUUUAUACUUUUUUUGAGUAUUAAUUAUGUCUUUUGAACUUAAUGAUGCACCACUUGAUGAAGAAACUAAAGAAUUAGCUGAAAAGGAACUUCGGGAAACACCUGAAAAUGUUAAAAAUGGAAUUGAAGCACUUAGAAAACUUCUUGAGGAAUGUUCAACUUUGUACUUCAGAACAGAUGAUGAAUUUCUCAAGAUAUUUUUACGUCCAUGUAAAUAUUAUCCUGAAAGUGCAUUUGCUCUUAUGCAGCGUAUUGCAGAUUUCAAAGUUAAAAAUGCAGCAUUGCUUGAUAAUUUAAUGCCAAUUGAUGAAAAAACAGCAAUAUUUGAAAAUAAUGUUGUUAAUGUAUUGAAAGAUCGUGAUCAUAAAAAACGUCGUGUACUUAUUGUUAAUGCUGGAAAAUCUUGGGAUCCAAGUAAAGUUAGUUCAGAUCAAAUGUUUAGAAUAUUUUAUCUUGUUCAUCAAGCAGCACUUAUGGAAUUGGAAACACAGGUACGAGGUGUUGUUGUAAUUAUGGAUUUCGAUGGACUUUCCAUGAAGCAAGUGAUGGCCCUCAGUCCAUCUUUUAGCAUGCGGCUCUUGACAUUUAUACAAGAUGCAAUGCCACUUAGAUUAAAAGAGGUGCAUUUUGUUAAACAACCAUUUCUCUUUGAUAUUGUCUGGAGAAUGUUCAAACCUUUCACCCGUGAAAAAUUGAGAAAACGUAUGUUUUUCCAUGGAUCUAAAAUGAGCUCUCUUCAUGCUCAUAUGGCACCAAGUCAUUUACCAAAAAAUUAUGGUGGACAACUUCCUGAAAUUGAUUACACUGCAGCUGAUUGGUUUCCAACAAUUUUAAAAUGCAACGAUCGUAUUGAAGAAUGGAAUACAUUUGGAAUUCGAAAAUAGGCUGUGAAUAAAAUUGGCUUCAUAUUAAAAAUAACACCGAAAAUAAUUCCAAAUUUCAUACAUGCUGGAUAUCAAAAAAAAAAGCAAUAAUAAUCUAAAAAAAUUAUAUAAACUAUAAAAAAGAAUUUAACAAAAAUAUUAAAACUAAAAAAAUCUUAUUUUUUUUAUAAAUAUUUUUUUAAUAAAUUGUUCAAUUUAUAAAAUUUUUAAAUUUUUAAAAUUAUACUUUUGUUGAUAUUUAAAAUAUAUAUUUGUGAUUAAAUAUGUAUAUAAUAUAUAUAUAUUGAAAAAUAAUUUAAUAAACAUUAAAAAGUACCAGAUUUAAUUGAUGAAUAAAAAUUAAUUUAAUCCUUACAUCUCAACUCAUAAUUAAUCAUGAAAAAUAAUUAUUUUUCGAAAUGAAUUUAUUGUCUAUUUAUUUCGAAAAAAACAUGACAUAUUUAUUUACCUGGAUGUGAUGUAAUAAUGUUACAAAGAAUAAAGCUUAAAAAUUAUUUAAAGAAA